AUGCGGUCCUUCUUGAAUUUUGCGCUGCUGCUCCUCUCGGAGGCCAUAUCGCCUUCCUCGGGUGAAAGACUUCUCGAGUCCGGGUCGCUCAACAUGUGUCAGCAAGAGUCCAGCUUUUCCGCCUCGCUCUUCAACUUCGUCUAUACGCCGAGUAACGACAGUGCUAGAGUCAACAUCGUGGCAACGUCGUCCAUCCGAGGAAAGGUCCUAUUCGACCUCACUGUCUUUACAUAUGGCUACCAAGUUAUACGCCGGACUCUUGAUCCCUGCAACAUGGACCGAGACCUGGACCUGGGUGGUCUCUGUCCUAUGAGCGCCGGGAAACUCUCCUUCAUUUUCAAUGUUCCCAUUGACAAAAAUGCCGCUCGCCAAAUCCCAAAUAUCGCCUAUAACAUUCCCGACCUUGAUGCUACUGCACGGGUAUUUAUCAAUUUGACUUCGGAGGGCAAGAGUGAGAGUGUUGCCUGUGUCGAGGCGAAGAUUUCCAACGGCAAAACGGUCAACCUCCUUGGACUCAAGUGGGCUACUGCCAUAAUCGCGGGUCUGGCGAUGCUGGCAUCCGCCGUCACCAGUGGGCUUGGCCAUUCCCACACAGCUGCGCACAUUGCCGCCAACUCUCUCUCGCUGUUUGGCUACUUUCAAGCUCAGGCUAUCCUUGGCCUUUCGAGUGUCCAUCUUCCGCCAGUCGCCCAGGCCUGGACUAUGAACUUUCAAUGGUCUCUGGGAAUUAUUCGCGUUGCCUGUAUGCAGACCGCCUUAAGCUGGUUUCAGCGGGCCACGGGAGGGACGCCAUCCAGCAUCUUUGACUCUCUGACGACCAUAUCCGUCCAGGUCGCCAAGCGAUCUAUUGAAGAUAUGAAGACGACUGGCCUUGGAUACCUCAAUCGUCGUGCCAACGCCAGUCCGGGUUCGGGUGCCUAUGUCGUCUACGGUAUUAAACGCGUCGCCUUUCGGUCAAAGAUCGAGUUUACAAAUUUCUUCAUGACUGGAAUAUGUUUCUUAUAUCUCUUUGUUAUUCUUCUCGUCACCGUCGCUUUUGGCUUCAAGGGCUUCUGCGAGUUUGCCAUUAAGAAAAACUGGAUCGAUGAAAACAGGUUUCUCGACUUUCGCACCAACUGGCGUUCAGUUAUUAAAGGCAUCCUUCUCAGGAUCAUGUUCUUCAGCUUCCCUCAAGUAGCGAUCCUUUGCUUCUGGGAAUUCACCCAAGCCGACUCUCCAGCCGAGGUUGUUCUCGCCACCUUCAUCUUCCUGGGUGCAGCUUUGAGUCUCGCAUGGGCUGCAGCCAACGUUAUUCGCAAUGCCCGUCAGUCCGACAUGAUUUACAGGAACCCGGCUGUUACUCUCUUCUCGAACCCGAGAAUCCUCAGCAAACUAGGGUUUCUCUAUGUUCACUUUCGUGCCUCGGCGUAUUACUUCAUCGUACCUCUUAUCUGCCACGCUCUCGUCAAAGCAAUUCUCGUUAGCUUGGCCCAAAAGGCCAACGUUGUACAAGCUAUUGGCUUGAUUAUUCUAGAAGCUGCCUUGUUAAUCGCGACGUCUGUGCUUCGCCCCUGGAUGGAUAAAGGCACAAACUCGUUCAACAUAGCUAUCUACGCCAUUAACUUUAUCAACGCGAUUUUCCUUUUCAUUUUUUCAGACGUUCUGGACGCCCAUCCGCUCUUCAUUGGUAUCGUUGGCGUUAUUCUUUUCAUUCUUAACGCUGUGUUCCUGCUUAUCCUACUUAUCAUGGUUAUUGUUUUGACGGCGGUUACCUUCUUUCGCAAAAAUCCCGACGCACUCUAUCAUUCGAUAGCCGACGACCGGGCUUCGUUUAUGAAGUCGCAGGCGCACCUCAGCAAAGCAACGGAGCUCGAGGAUCUAGCUGCUACUGCCCGAGGCAGUGGAACAUGA